AUGGGCCCAAAUUUAUUAAAGAAGAUGCUGAAAAUGGUUUAUCUGCAUGGCGUUGGAGAGAUUGAAAGUGAGGGAGAUGUCGAAGUGAAGAUGCUAAGAAAGAGUUGGAAAUAUUGUAAUCAGAAGUGGAAUGUAGGGAUGAUCCAAAAGAGUAGGCAUAGGGAAUUUGUUAAGAAAGAUUGGUUGAGAUAUAGGAAUUUGACAACCUAUAGAAACGACUUGGAGCUAGUAGAGUUAGGGAAUACGAUACCAUUUCCUACAUAUCAGGAAUGGUUCAUGCAAAAGAUUGAUCUAUUUUGGCUUGUCACUUUCACCUUGCGCUACACCAAAGUGUAUAUGUAUGGUACCAAUAAUAAGCUGCUUGUCCACUCUAGGCAACUUGGAAUUUGUGGAAAUUCCGAAAGGGAGUUUGAGGCUGAUUUCGUAGUGACACUGACGAGAAUGAAUGUAAAAACAGGGAAGAAAGAGAAGAGACUAAGGGAGUAA